GCAAACGGUCAUAAGCCUGUAUCUCCCCUCAGUAUCAGCGGUAGACUGUCUCGCGUAACGCAAUUCUUGUCUGAAGUCACACCAUUUCCUAUACUCGCUUAAUCUCCUAACAUAAAAUUAAACUUUGACAAAUAUGGCUCCCCCGACGUACAAAGAUCUUGGAAAAAGUGCACGCGAUGUUUUUUCCAAUGGUUAUCAUUUCGGCCUCUUAAAAUUAGAUGUCAAAACCAAGACUGAUUCUGGAGUUGAGUUCUCCAGUGGUGGAGUAUCCAAUCAAGAUACUGGAAAAGUAUUCGCUACUUUGGAAACCAAGUAUAAAAUUAAAGAAUAUGGUUUAACAUUCAGUGAGAAAUGGAAUACCGAUAACACUCUUGCAACUGAUGUAACUAUUGCGGAUAAAUUACUUAGUGGACUUAGCAUCGGUUAUAGUUGUACUUUCUCACCUCAGACUGGCACUAAGACUGGACAAUUGAAGACUACUUACAAACAUGAAAAUGUAUCGGCAACUGCUGACUUCGAUUUAAGUCUUACUACUGGUCCACUCAUUAAUGCAACUGCAGUUGUAGGAUAUCAAGGAUGGCUCGCCGGCUAUCAAGCUUCUUUCGACUCGCAGAGAAGCAAGCUUACAAAGAACAAUUUUGCUCUUGGAUUUACUGCUUCUGACUUUGGUUUCCACACUUGUGUGGACAAUGGACGUGAAUUUGGGGCCUCCAUUUAUCAUAAGGUCAAACCUGAUUUAGAAGGUGCCAUUAAUCUGGCUUGGAAUUCCAGUAACAAUGUUACACAAUUUGGACUUGGUACCAAAUAUAAUCUUGAUAAUGAUGCGAGUGUUAGGGCUAAAGUUAAUUCUCAACUUCAGAUAGGGUUGGGAUAUCAACAGAAACUUCGUGAUGGCGUAACUUUGACUCUUUCUACCAACAUUGAUGGAAAGAACUUUAGUUCCGGUGGUCACAAAAUUGGUUUAGCAUUAAAUCUCGAGGCUUAAAUAUAAAACCUUUAACAGAGAAAAAAAAGACGUUUCAAACAGUUAUUACUUUCAUGACUUUGAUGUCAUAAAAACUGCAACACAAUACAUGCUUCAAAUAAAAAUAUUACCUAUAACAUGUAGAUAGGUUUAUCCUUAAUUAGAUGCCACACGAAAAAAAAUAUCAUGCAUCACUUCUAAGCAGUUACAGGGACUAAACUAUAUAAUGUCACGAUCAUGGAAUAAAAUACAUUGAAUUGUUCAAGAAAAGUAUCUUCUAUAACACAGGUAAAAAAAAAAGAAAUUAGUGUGGUAUGAUUAUUCCUUCUAUACUUCGAUAAUAUUAUAGACAUGUAUAAUAAUUUAUUGCUAAUUUGUCUGAGCAGUUGAAUCCUGUAACACAGAAUAUAAAAUAUUUGCUACACGAUGUUGUACCAAAAAAAAAUAGAUAAAAAACAUAUAGAAAAAAAGAUUACAUUCACAUAAAAUUAAUAUUAAAUUUAAUUGCCUUUAUGUGCUAUACAAAAAAAUUGCAAUAGUAUGAUUGCAGUACGUUCACUUUUUUGAAUUAUUCACAAAACAAAAUUUAGCAAUUUCUCACUAAUGUAUUUAUGUAAGAAUUCAUUCACAAACUGAACAAUAAUACAUUUUAUUGACAACUAAAUAUUUUGCAUAUAAGUAAAAUUUGUUAUCAUUACAACAAUUUUGUUCCUAGUAUAAUAUGUAAUAUUAUAAAGGUAGAUGCAUGUGGUACACAAUAUUCUCAUAUAUACAAUUAUACGUAUGGUGUAAAUAGUGAGAUUAAGUCGUUGUCUAGCUCUAGUAAAUUGCAAAGACAAUAUCUUUCUUUAGUCUUUACAUUUUUAUUAUCUACGUCAAGUAACUAUUAAAAAAAA